AAAUAGCCCUCAGAAAUGAACUUGGGUACCGGUACGAGUAUUCCGAUAGCAGCACGAAAUCGCGUUUGAAUGUUCCAAAACGUGCAAUUACAUCAUCCUGUGAAUUUAUCUCAGGAACUUUUCUGACAUAAUUUUCUUCUGGCCUAAACUUCUUGGCUCUAGUUGAUACUUCAUUGUAGCCAGAGACAAAGAAUCCUUUCAGUUUCGGCGAUCGGUGUUUGAUAGUGUGGCGUUGCCGACGUGGCUGAGCAGCUAGUAGAUGAGGCCAGCUUGGAAGCUCCAACCAACAACCCACGCAUUACAAACAUUCUGCCAACUUGCGAGCGCAGGAAUGGGCACAUAACCUUUCACGAUUACCACGGCCAUCUGCCAACUGGAUACCAGCAAGGAAGAAGACCAGCAAAGAUGGGGAGACUCGGGUGGUACGCCGUGACAUCUACGGCUUUGGCAGCCGGUGUAGUUGUGUCUGCCUUCAAUCAAAGGGCCAACUUCUAUUCAGCAUGCGUUUAUCUGGCCCAGAGCAAUUUGUGCUUGAUGAUACUCAUCAACCUGAUCCUUUUUGUCUACGGCAGUUUUGCCUACGGCCUUCAACGGCUCUGCUAUGGACCACUACGACCUAUAGAAGUUGAGCAAUUGAGCGAAAAGGCUUGGUUUGCGAUAACGGAAACAUGUUUAGCUAUGACCAUAUUCCGCGAGGAGGUGGGAGCAUGGUUUCUUGUGAUGUUCGUUGCUCUGUUGACAGGAAAAGUUUGGGGAUGGAUUGGUGACGGACGAGUCGAAGUCCUGGAACAACAGCCUCCUGCGAACCCGCGCCUCUUCCAUCUACGAUUAACGAUAUCCCUGACGAUGAGUGUACUGUUUGAUUUGUGGUUGAUGAACUACACUAUCAAUACAGUAAUCCAGCAAGCUCGUCCAAAUAUGAUGGUCAUGUUCUUAUUCGAAUUCGCCAUUCUUACUACAUCUUCUCUUGGAACAGCGCUCAGAUAUUGCAUAUCCUUGGUUGAGGCUAAGGUGGUCAAGAAACAGACCGAGGAAAGGCUCGCAGCGCGGCGAAGAGAAGUCAGGGAGGAAAGAGCCGAACUGGUCCGACAGAGAGAGCUUGCCGCAGCCACAGCCGGUGAAGGAAGUGAUGCGGCUCAGUCGACAGCACCCCUGCCUUCCGAAGAUGAUGUGGACGAAAUGGAUAUCGAGGUACCGGGUUGGGAAGCGAAGGGACAUUGGGUUUUGAUGCUUGACCUCAUCAAAGACUUUGUGAAGUUGUGCAUCUACGUUUCCUUCUUUGUCAUCCUCCUGAUGUUCUACGGCCUACCAAUCCAUAUCAUGCGUGAUCUGUUCUUGACAGCUCGAUCAUUCGCAAAGCGCUUGGCAGCUUUCCUACGAUAUCGCAGAGCCACGCAUGAUAUGAAUGCGAAAUAUGAAGAUGCCACGGUUGAGGACAUCCAGAGAGAGGAUACCUGUAUCAUUUGCCGCGAAGAAAUGCGGCCUUGGUCGGUGACCAAUCCACCGAGACCUCCAACUGCCCCUGGAGCUCGUAAUAUAGAAGAUACCCGCGAAGGUCGCGCUGCUGGGAUGGUCAAUGAGCGCCAGAGACCUAAGAAGCUGCCAUGUGGUCAUAUUCUCCAUCUCGGAUGUCUGAAAAGCUGGCUCGAACGCCAGCAAGUAUGUCCUACGUGUCGACGGCCAGUCGUGGAUGGCCCACCAGGUCAACAUCCUCCAGGUGCCGCGAAUAACGCAAACGCAGCUGGUCAAGGUGCUCAAGCCCAGAAUCCUGGCCAGCAGGAUGGCCAGGGAGCUCAACCACCAGCCGGUGAUGGAGCUCCCAAUCGUGGGAUGCGCAUGCUCAAUUUUGGACCUCUGAGGGUAGGUUUUGGCCAAGCCAACCUUCAAGACCUAGCACAAAAUCUUGGGGGACCUCAGCCAGGUCAACAGAAUGCUGCCGCUGGUGGAGGAGCUAGAAUAUAUGGGUUAGAGCUGGGGUUCCCCAGAAGAAACCAGCCCCAGCCCCAAGCCACAGCAGGUCCUUCUCUGACAGUCUCCAGAUCACGCAACAAGAAUUGCAACUGGUUCAACUCUUACAAGCCGAGCUUGCUCGACUGAGACUUGUGCAGAAUGGAGGGGUAGACCCGUUGGCACCCAAUUUUCAGAUGCCUCCAAUGCCACAACUAGGACCUCUUGCUGGCAGGCACACGAUGCCAUCAAC